CUCAUUUAUAUGGCAGAUUGUUUUGAAGUAGUUGGGAACAGUAGGACUGAAAAAUUAGGUGUACCAGGUUGUUUUUAGCCCAGAAAUUUCCUACCGAAUUGGAGAUAAAAGAAGAUCUCAGAGGGGCAAGUUGUGAUUGAUAGAUCAAAGGGGUGAUUCAUCUUGUCAACCCCUGCUGAAUUCAAAUGAGAGGCAGUGGAGAGGGACAGAGUUGUGUCUUUUUUUGGUGAGCUGCACCCAGGAAGUUGAUUCGUGGAGGCGUUGUCAAAGUGAGAACAAGAGUAUCUAGAUAAAGCUUGAUUCAGGAAUUUACAGUGGAUUUAUACAAUUACAUUGUGGAAUUUUCCCUAAUUGGGGAACUGGCAGCUAGAGCAGAGAAAUCCUUACAUUAUUUGUGAAGUUGAUGCAGUGAAGGCAGUGUAGGGGGUUGGACCAGCUGGAAGAUAAAUGAGGAAGUUGAAAGUGGAUUGUUACAAGUUCUCUAUUGUAAUUUUCCUUUCCUAAUUAAUGUUAAAGCUGCUAGUUAAAGGAAAUCGGACCAAUUUUGCGGAUAUGCACAUAAAGACAAGUUCCUGAAAUAAGGUUAAGAUAUACCUACAGGCUACUUGUGCUAAUGAAGAAAUUGGUUUUAAGUUAUAUUUCACAUCAACUCACAUGAAUAUCAGUACAAUUUGACAGUAUAACUGGCUACAUAGAGGAUUUACAUUAAAUGUACUACACAUUAUAAGGAGCACCAGAAGUUUUAACUAAUAUGUCUAAGUGCCAAAAGCUUCUGCUGUCAAUAUAUCAACAAAAUACAUGUAUGUAACAUGUGGUCACUGAUAUACCUUGUCAGUGCAGUUGUCGGAGAAAAAGAAAGGAGGAACUUGAUUACUGCAUGAUACUAUACGGUGAUGUGAAAACAGUCUGUCUUUGUGCAUGUAGAUAUUAAGUCACUUAACUGUGGAGAAAAUGAUUGUUUGGUUCCGAAUAAAAAAGUUGAUGAAGGGUUACACCCACCUCAUUUCCGUUGGAGUACAAGGACUAUGAAAUACAGACAGAACUUGCUGCAGAAGUGAAGUCAAGAUAUAUAGUACACAGACAGUUGGGAAAAAAGGAAUUAAAAAAAACUUACCGCAAGAAAAAAAACAAGCAUGGAUUUGAAUGAAGAUGGAAUGCUGCCUCCACCCCCACAGCUGGACCUAGACCUGGACCUUGACGGGAUGCUUCAGGCGCUGUCCAUUGGGGGUGCUUCCAGCAGUGGUGGUCUUCCUCCUCCUCCGUCACCCCUAGCACCAUCACCACUAGCACCGUCACCACCUCCUUCUCCUCCUCCUGGUACGACUGCCAUAGCCAGUGGUGAACAGGACUGUGAACAAAAGCAGGCUAUAAACCACACACCUGAUGCCAUUAGUAUUCCUGGCGCAGUCACAAACAUAUCCUCUCCAUCUACUGAUAAUGACGAGGUCAUAAAUGAGAGAGGUCUCCACCAGCACACACACACAAACAAUACUGAUGCUGACAGGACCACAACACAGAGCAGCCAGGAUGGUGAUAAGACUGUUCAUACUGAGGCUGGAGUGGCUAUAGAUGUCACACCACCUGCACCUGACCGAGACAGGCCAGAUCAGCUGUGGCUGUCACCCCCUAGUAACCAAACCCUGCCACCCCCACCAUCCCCUCUGUUACCUCCACCCUCACCACUUCUUCCACCCCCACCCUCACUCCUAGAGGGUGCUGAUAGUGACAGUUCGAGGGGUCCCCCUCUACCAGGGCCACAGCCUGGAGCUCCAGAGGCAAAAAGUGGACAUUCUGUAGACACAGAGAGUAGAAACGGUAGGAUGGAGAGAGGAAAGAAGGUUGCUGGCGAGGAGACAACGGCUACCGGGGAGGUGGCGGAAUACAAAAAGGAGCCAGAUUUUGAAGAGUUCAAGCUCCUGAUGUGGGACGAGUACCAGCCCCGGGUGCAGUCCCAGUCCAUGCUGUGUGUAUAUCACACCAACAUGGACACCAAGUUUGUAGACAGGUCGGCCUUCAUCACUGGCAUGGCCAAAUACAACGAGCAAGGCAUGCUACAGGCACAGAUGAAUGAACUGUUGGAAGAAGGCCAUGAGUAUGCAGUUACUCUGUACACCUGGAGAUGUUGCUCAAGGGCUUUGCCCCAGGUCAAAUCCAAUGACCAACCAAACAGAGUUGAGAUCUAUGAGAAGACAGUGGAGGUUUUGGGCCCACAGGUGGCCAAGUUGAUGGACUUUAUGUACUUCCAGAAAAAAGCAAUUGAGCGUUUCUGUGGUGAAGUAAAGCGCCUUUGUCAUAAAGAAAAAAGGAAUGAUUUUGUAUCAGAGGCGUACCUACUUACUCUGGGGAAGUUUAUCAACAUGUUUGCUGUGCUGGAUGAACUAAAGAACAUGAAAUCUGGAGUGAGAAAUGACUACGCUGCUUAUAGAAGAUCUGCGCAGUUUCUAAAAGUAAUGGCAGAACCUGAAGCCUUGCAAGAAUCCCAGAACCUGGCUUUUUUCCUGGCCACACAGAACAAGAUACGAGAUACACUGAAGGAGACACUGCAGAGUAUCCCCAAUUUUGAGGAGCUGCUGGCUGACGUAGUCAACAUUUGCAUGGAAAUGUAUGAGAAUAAACAGUACCUGUUGCCCAGUGAGAAACACAUGCUGGUUAAGGUAAUGGGGUGUGGCCUGUUUCUAAUGGACAGCAAAGAGGUCAGCAUAUACAAGCUGGACAACAGGAAAAGAAUCAACCUACAAAAGAUUGACAGAAUAUUAAAGCAAUUAGAAAUGGUCCCUCUGUUUGGAGACAUGCAGAUUGCUCCCUUCAGCUACAUUAAGCAGAGCCCGACCUUUGACGCAACCAAGUGGCCUAUGGCAAUGUCCAGUGCAGUCAGCUCCCAGUCCAACCUACUGGGGAGUCUAGAGGCUAUCAGAGAUGACCAUGUCAGAUAUAUCAGUCAGCUGGCCAAACACAGCAAUGAGAUCACUACCACUCAGAGAGAGAACCCCAGAACAGACAGAGAGAACAAAGAACUAUGUGAGCUGGCACUGAGAGGACUGCAACUACUCUCAGGAUGGACUGUACAAGUCAUGGAGCUGUACUCCUGGAAGCUUCUCCACCCCACAGAUCAUCAUCAAAACCCUUACUGCCCCACAGAUGCGGAAGAUUAUGAGAGGGCAACGAGGUACAACUACAACUCCGAUGAGAAAUUUGCCCUGAUCGAGGUGAUAGGAAUGAUCAAAGGGCUGCAGGUGCUCAUGGGAAGGAUGGAGUCUGUAUUUAACGAGGCAAUAAGGCGGAAUAUCUAUGCAGAACUUCAAGACUUUGUGCAGAUUGGGUUACGAGAUCUCCUAAGAAAGUCCAUCAAAAACAAAAAGGAGGUGAUCAGGACAAUUCUGAUGUCUGUGAGAGAGACAUCUGCUGAUUGGCUGAGAGGAGUAGAACCCAAAGACGACCCUGCAUUGGCCGGCAAGAAGGAUCCUGAUGGAGGGUUUGCUAUUAAAGUGCCCAGGAGGAAUGUGGGGCCAUCUAGUACACAGUUGUACAUGGUACGCACUAUGUUGGAAUCUCUGAUUGCUGAUAAGAGUGGAGCUAAGAAGUCACUUAGGAAAGACAUUGAGCCCAAGGAUCUGGCAGCCAUUGAUGCCUUUCACAAGACAUCGUUCUUCUGGAGCUAUUUGCUGAAUUUUAGUGAUACCCUUAUGCAGUGCUGUGACCUAUCUCAGCUGUGGUACAGAGAGUUUUUCCUGGAGAUGACCAUGGGCAAGAAAAUCCAGUUCCCCAUAGAGAUGUCUAUGCCCUGGAUCCUUACUGAUCACAUUCUGGAGACCAAAGAACCUUCCAUGAUGGAAUACAUUCUCUACCCAUUAGACCUGUACAAUGACAGUGCCCACUAUGCUUUGACCAACUUCAAGAAACAGUUCCUAUAUGACGAGGUGGAGGCAGAGGUCAACCUGUGUUUUGACCAGUUUGUUUACAAGCUCAGUGACCAGAUCUAUGCUUACUUCAAACACCUGGCUGGCAGUAUUAUGUUGGACAAGAGAUUUAGAGCAGAAUGCUUCAGCAAUUCCAUGAAGAUUGCCUAUCCACCAGCCAACAGAUAUGUUACACUGAUGAAACAAAGACAUGUGCAGAUUUUGGGCCGCUCUAUCGACCUGAAUCGGUUGAUCAGUCAAAGGAUAGGUGCUGCUCUACAGAAGUCCCUAGACACAGCCAUCACCAAGUUUGAGGGUGGAGACAUCACUGGCAUUGUUGAAUUAGAGGGACUGAUAGAGGUGAACCGCAUGACACACAAACUUCUUGCCAAGCACCUGUCACUGAAUGAUUUUGAUGCAAUGUUUCGAGAGGCGAACCACAACGUGUCUGCACCCUAUGGCAGAAUCACCUUGCAUGUAUUCUGGGAGUUGAACUAUGACUUCUUGCCAAAUUACUGCUUCAAUGCUGCAACAAAUCGCUUUCACCACAAGGAUAUAAGCUUUGUGAAGAUGUCUAAAAUCAGUUUUGUCCAGCCUGUGCAGAGAGACAAGCCCCCAAAUGUCCCUAGUCAUCAUCUCUGGGGCACUAAGGCUUUGAACACAUCAUACAGUGCCAUCUAUGGUCUGUACAGUAAUUUUGUUGGUGCGCCUCACUUCCGUGCUUGCUGUCGUCUGCUGGGAUACCAAGGCAUUGCUGUUGUCAUGGAGGAAUUGCUGAAAAUCAUCAAGAGCUUGCUCAAUGGCACCAUCCUGCAGUAUGUGAGGACAUUGAUGAAAGUGAUGCCCAGUGUAUGUAAACUACCCAGAUAUGACUAUGGCUCUCCAGGUGUACUUGGGUAUUACCAUGCUAACCUAGAACCCAUGAUCCAGUACCCAGAUCUUAGAACUGAAGUCUUCCAAACCCUGCGUGAGGCAGGCAAUGCUGUACUCUUCUGUAUGUUGAUGGAACAGAACUUGUCUCAAGAAGAAGUGAGUGACCUGAAACAUGCUGCUCCAUUCCAGAACAUUAUACCAAAACCUUUCCUCCCACCUAAAGAAGGGGAAACAAAGAAGGAAAAAGAGACAGAGCUGAAGGGAAUAAUGAAGAAAUUGGAGGCGAGAUAUGCUGCACUGCAGGUCGUUCCCGUCAUCACAAAGUUGGGCACAAAGCAGCAAACUGACAUAGCAGCUGAGGGAGAUCUGCUCACCAGAGAGCGCCUCUGUUGUGGGCUGUCCAUGUUUGAAAUUGUUCUAACAAGAAUCAAGUCUUUCCUGGACGAUCCCAUCUGGAACGGCGACCCGCCACCCAAUGGUGUGAUGAACAUUGACGAAUGCACAGAGUUCCAUAGGCUCUGGAGUGCUAUACAGUUUGUAUACUGUAUGCCAGUGGGCCACAACGAAUUCACUGUUGAACAACUGUUUGGUGAAGGCCUGAACUGGGCUGGCUGCACACUGAUAGUGUUGCUAGGGCAACAGAGGAGGUUCGAGGCUUUAGAUUUCUCCUACCACGUCCUCAAGGUCAAUAGAGUGGACCAGAAGGAUGAACCCAUUAGAGGCAUCCAAUUGAAACGUAUGGUUGACAGAGUCCGCAAGUUCCAGAUCCUCAACUCUCAGAUAUUUGCCGUGCUGAACAAGUACCUGAAGUCCAGCGAUGCAGACAACCUUCCUGUGGAGCAUGUCCGCUGUUUCCAGCCACCUAUCCACCAAUCACACCAGACAACAAUAUAAUAGGCAUUUACACUGUGCUGAGGUUUAGGUUAAUAACAUAGACUUCUGGGUAGUUCUUACAUUGGUCAGAAUAAUUAUUGAAAGGCAGUUUUGAAAGGCACUAUUGUAUAUUAUUUAAAUUCUGAGUUUGCAUUAAAGAGUGUCAUCUUGGAUCAUAGGAUGGAAGGCAAUUGCAUGGCUAAUUGAACUUUUCAAGUGUUUGUAUUAUUAGACUAACUUACAUAGAAGACCCUUCUAAGGAACCUAUCCAGAUCAUCAAUGUCUUCAAUGGGGAGGUCUUUGCAUUAAAUCAUGCCACAUCCUGUGUAAGUGGAGGCAAUGAACCAGGACUGUUCCACCUGUUUUCAGACACUCUUCAAACUGUGAAGCCAUAACACUCCACAGAUCACCAACACCACAUUCUGCUUCCACUUAUGUUUUGGUUUUGUUCUGCUGUUAGGCCACAAGAUAAUCCUGUUAGAUGCCAAGUAAGAAACCUGCUGUCCACCAUCUGGACUUGUUUUAUAUUGCAGCUGCAAAAUAUAUCAAAAUAAUAUAAACAGCAUAAUAGCUACCAUGUAACUAUUUUGCUGAGAUUAAAUAUUGCAAGGCAGUCUGUUGUUGUUUCUUAUUGUAAUAGGUUUCACAGAAAUGUUUAACAUGUAUUGGUGUUUUGAAACCAGGUAAUGUUUGCUGAUGUGUUGUGUAUUUGAGACAAAGGAAAUGUAGUUGUAAAGGUUUUUAUAUCAGACCUCUGAGAGGGAUAUCCGUCUCAUUUACAGUAUUACUGAAACUGGUUGACAAUAUUCUUGGGCUCUUCUGGGAAAAUUUGUAUAUUGUAGGGCACUGAACUCAGAAUAUUGCUUUUUGUGAUAGAGUGCAGUGGAUAGUACACCCGCCAAGAUUUAAGUCAGAAAAAGUGCAGUUUUCCGAUUUUUUUUCUUUGGAAUUACAUAUGCUUUUUGGCAAAGAGACAAUGAUGCAGUGAAUCCAGGCCUUCUGACUGAUGCAUUAUGCAUCAUGUUUGUGCUUUGACUCUCUGGGUUCACAGUGACGAGCUUUGCCAGACUGAAUUUAAAGAUGGACUUAUGCUACAAAUAGCUGCAAGUAGUUGUAUUUUAGUUUGUGGGAAACAUUUCAUGUUGUAGUCGUGUCCAUGAUGUCUCUGAGGUUAAUGCUUUUCUGCUGACAUAUUGUCAUUUGAUACAUUUUAUUUAGGAAUGCAAUGUUUUCAAAUUGUGGCGGUCUGCUGUAAUUAACCCCUUAUCUCUUUGGGUACUUUGUGUUAGAGGUUGUCCAGAAGUGUUUUGAACAUGGCACAGUUAUUUAUAAGAGUGCAAAAAAUUAGUACUUAGAAAAGUGAUAGAUGUAAGUGUCGUUGUAGUGAGAUAUUCACAGAGAUUUCUGAAAUUAUCUGUACCUUGAUAGUUGAUAAAGAGUGAAGACAUACAUAAAAUUUACAUUUAUCAGGAUAGCUGCGGGAUGACAAGAUUUGGCCCAGUUGAUGUGCAAAUUAAAAGAGCCUUUUUAUUUCUCUUUCCCAUUUCCUAAAUGUAAAUUCUAUGGUUUUGUUUUUAGGAAUCUGAGACAAGUGAAUGAUAUUGUUAAGAAGAGAAACCCUUUAUCACUUUAACUUAUUGACACCUGAUAUUUCUAUUUCAAUUUAGGGAGGGGGGAUCUAUGUAGUGUUCAUGGGUAACCAAGUCUAGAAUUACUGCGACUUAUGUGGUAGAGACAUUUGACAGUAAAGAAAGUGCUUUGCAAUUAGUAGACGUAGUUUAUACAUUUUUAUACAACUAGUAUACUAGUAUCACAUUAAUUAUUAAAUUGUAAAUUAU